ACAGCUGUAGCGAGCUAGCGCCAGUUAGCAGCGUUGGUGUUUUGUCGUCUGUUGCCGAACUGAGCCGCUCCCGGAACAAUCUCAAAACAAACACCCCGGAGUGACUGACUGACCCGUCUGUCAUUUCUCUAACAAUGAAGUUUCAGUACAAAGAGGAGCACCCUUUUGAGAAAAGGCGGUCUGAGGGCGAGAAAAUAAGGAAGAAGUAUCCGGACAGGGUUCCAGUAAUUGUGGAAAAAGCCCCAAAAGCCAGAAUAGGAGAUUUGGACAAGAAAAAAUAUCUUGUCCCUUCCGACCUGACAGUGGGCCAGUUUUAUUUCCUCAUCCGGAAACGAAUCCACUUGCGAGCCGAGGAUGCUCUCUUCUUCUUUGUAAACAACGUCAUUCCACCCACUUCAGCUACAAUGGGACUCUUGUACCAGGAGCAUCAUGAGGAGGACUUUUUCCUCUACAUCGCCUACAGUGAUGAGAGCGUGUACGGGGACAGCCAAAGGGAAAUGUGAUCCCAUUACCCCCUACCCUAAACCAUUCACCCCCCUUCACCCCCAAAGACCUCCGUUCUUCAUUGAAAUAUUAAAUCCAGCUCAGCAGCCUAGAGUUCCCAGAGUAAAUCUGUCAAAUGCACUUUCACCACCCAUUCUCUGCCCCUCCUCCCAUCAUUUACUUUUUAUUCUUCUGCAGUCUGAAUUUUAUUUGCUUCCAGUUUUCCUCUCUAGAAGGAUUUCAGUACAGUGGCCAGUUUUAUUCGUAGUGUCGAUUAUGCUUUACCGACAAAAUCAAGAGAGAAUGGAUGGCACUUUGAAUCUGAUGUGAGUAUUAGGCCAUAAUUGUUGGUAUAUUAAAGGUAAAGACAUAGAAUGUGAAUGUAAGUUAAGAUCAGCUCAUAUUGACGAGGAAAACAGUUGCUGGCUGUCAAAUCAUGACAGGUCUCAGAAGUAUGUAUUGCAUCUGACCGGGGUUGGAAAUGGACAUUAGUCACUAGCCAAAGGUGAGGGAAUAUAUGGGUUGUGGUGGUAAACUUUGACUGUUCUGUCAGCUUCCUUAGUAGAUAACCAACUCUUGUAUAGCAUUAGUUUACCACAUGAAAAGAACAAAAUGGCUAGUGUUUUUUUCUUUAAUUUAAUUAAUCCAUCAGCCCUUCAACUGAUAAUUUGUUAAUGUCCUGCCCGCCAACAGACUUCUUAACGGGAGUAUAAUAGAAUUCAGACUAAAUUACACACCAUCCCUCUGUCUCUGCUUCCAGUGGUAAGACUUACUUUGAUCGCUAUUAUGAUGAUCGUUGUUAUUAUUGUUCUUAAUUUUUAGAUGGCUUGAUUUAUAAAGGUAUUGUAAAGCUCAGUGCAAUUUUCUCUUUUUUAAGUUUUGUUUCCUUUUUUUUUUUUAAAGAUUUUUGAACUCGGUAUACUGCUGCAUUACUGGUUCUUUCUCUCCUCAUGACCGUACAUGAUAAAAUGUGAUAAAAGCCAA